AUGGAGGAAACCAGCUGGAUCAUCGGCGCCAUCAUCACCUCCCUUGUAUCUUCCCUAGCUCUCCUACUCUGCAAAACCCACCUCUUCCCAUCCCACAACAACAAGCUCCCACCAGGACCCUUCUCCAUCCCAAUCAUCGGCACCUUCCUCUGGAUGCUGCGAAGCAAAGGAUUCUCCGACCUCGAACCAGCCCUCCGCAAGCUCCGCGCCAAGUACCGCUCCAUCUUCACAAUCCGCAUCUUCUCCCGUCCGGCCAUCUUUAUCUCCUCCCACUCCCUAGCCCACCAAGCCCUCAUCCAAGACGGCGCCGUUUUCGCCGACCGGCCGCCCGCUCCGCCGCUCUCCAAAAUCACCUCUGCCAACCAGCACAACAUCAGCUCCGCCUCCUACGGCCUCACCUGGCGCCUCCUCCGCCGCAACCUCACUUCCCAAGUCCUCCACCCUUCCCGCGUCAGGUCAUUCUCCCGCGCUCGCUCCUGGGUCCUCCAAAUCCUCCUCCGCCGCCUUCAAGCCCACCAUCAACAACAACAGAGCACCCUGAGGCUGAAGGAUCACCUCCACCACGCCAUGUUCGCCCUGCUGGUGCUCAUGUGCUUCGGCGACAGGCUGGGUGAGGAUCAGAUCGAGGAGGUGGGACGAGCUCAGAGAAGGAUGCUGCUUGGAUUCCAGCGCUUUCAGAUACUCAACCUCUGGCCUCGGGUCACUAGGUUCCUCCUCCGCCGCCCGUGGAAUGAAUUUCAUCAGCUCCGUCACGAGCAACAUCAGGUUCUCCUCCCACUCAUCAGAGCCAGGAGGGAGAAAAUUGGCAAAUUGGAGGAGGAAGAAGAACAAGCACGGAGCUGCUACGUGGAUUCGUUGCUCGAAGUGGAGCUCCCCCAAGAUAAUGGUAACAAGAGAAUGCUCAGCGAGGACGAGAUUCUGAGCCUGUCCUCCGAGUUCCUCAGCGCGGGGACUGACACGACCACCACCGCAUUGGAGUGGGUCAUGGCGAAUUUGGUGAAGUACCCUGAAGUUCAGGAGAAGCUGUUUCGUGAGAUCGAAAGCGUGGUGGUGGAAGGGAGUGGAGAGGUUUUGGAGGAGGAUCUGGGGAAGCUGAAGUACCUGAGGGCGGUGAGCUUGGAAGGAUUGAGGAGACACCCGCCGGCACAUUUCUUGCUGCCUCAUUCCGUGACGGAGGAUACAGUGCUGGACGGCAAGUUCAUGAUCCCCAAGAAUGCUGCUGUAAACUUCAUGGUGGCUGAGCUGGGGUGGGAUCCUCAGGUUUGGGAGGAUCCCAUGGCGUUCAAGCCGGAGAGGUUCCUGGAAGGUGGUGGUGAGUUCGAUUUGACUGGAAGCAAGGAGAUCAAGAUGAUGCCAUUUGGUGCAGGAAGGAGGAUGUGUCCUGGGUAUGCCCUAGCCAUGCUGCAUCUCGAAUACUUUGUGGCUAAUCUUGUGUGGAACUUCAAGUGGGAAGCUGCUGGGGAGGUCGAUCUCACGGAGAAGCCUGAGUUUACCAUUGUUAUGAAGCACCCGCUCGAAGUCAAGUUGUCGCCCAGGGUGAAAGCCUCGUCGUCGUAG